UUGGAAUCCGCCAUUAGAGCCACCUGCAUCACUUCCUGUGUAAAGAAUGUCGUCGUUAUCUUCCUUCACCAUCGUUGCCUCGCCUCCAUCUUCAUCGAAGAAACUUUCUUCAUCUAUUUGCUCACAUCCACGCUUUCGACUCGUUUCCAGAUAUACUCGCCCCAACAAGCUUGGGGUCAAAUGCAGCUAUGCGUCGUCGAGUGUAAGAGAAGAUUAUAGCUCCACGACAAUAGAUGUUGUGGCUGAUAUUAGGACUGAACGGAUCGUUGUUUUGGGAGGCAGUGGUUUUGUUGGUUCUGCAAUAUGCAAAGCUGCAGUAUCUAAGGGUAUUGAUGUUGUAAGUCUAAGCAGGUCUGGACGUCCCUCUAAUUCAGGUGCAUGGGUUGAUCAAGUGAAUUGGAUAUCAGGCGACGUCUUUUAUGCAAAUUUGAAGGAAGUACUUUUUGGGGCAACUGCUGUUGUUUCCACUCUUGGAGGUUUUGGUAAUGAAGAACAAAUGCAGAGAAUUAAUGGAGAGGCUAAUGUUGUUGCAGUAAAUGCUUCAAAGGAACUUGGCAUUCCCAAGUUCAUUUUGAUCUCGGUUCAUGAUUACAAUUUGCCUCCGUUUCUCCUUUCUUCCGGAUACUUCACUGGAAAAAGGAAAGCAGAAUCAGAGGUUCUCUCUAAAUACCCGACUUCAGGUGUUGUUUUAAGACCCGGUUUCAUAUAUGGGAAAAGGCGAGUAGAUGGCUUUGAGAUACCUCUCGAUUUAAUAGGAGAGCCACUCGAGAAAUUUCUUCGUGCCAGUGAAAAUUUCACUAAGCCUCUAAGUUCACUUCCUGCCUCUGAUCUACUCUUCGCCCCACCUAUUAGUGUCGAUGACUUAGCACUUGCAGCUGUGAACUCGGUCCUCGACGAUGACAUAUUUGGCAUCUUUACUAUAGAGCAAAUUAAGGAGGCUGCAGUUAAUGUCAAGGUAUAAUAAUAAUAAUUAUAGAAACAAAAUUUCUUUUGUGUGUGUAACUAAGACUGCAAUUCUGCUGUUAUAGAUAUAUGAAACUGGUAAAGUCAAACAAUUGCUGUCAAAUUUUAUAAGAAAUUGCUUUGAUCUUUACUGAAAAAAUUGAAUC